UAUAACAUCUCAUUUUCACGUUGGACCAAAAAAUUCCUCUUACACAGUGUUGAAAGGGAAAAGUUCCUUCGUCGCCGAUUCAGAUCAAACGCCGAAAGCCUAGGGUUCCGGUGAAGGUGAAACCAUGUGGAGACGAGCCUCUUCUAAACUCCUAACUCUCCGAUCUGUUGCCAGACCUAAUCGUGUUGUUACUUCUUCGCUGUCGCCGGUGACUAUUCGGCCAUGCUCGACUAUUGUCACUCGUCACUAUUCAGGUAAUGUUUCUAAGAGAGUCGAAGAUGUGAUGCCUAUUGCGACUGGUCACGAACGUGAGGAGCUUGAAGCUGAGCUUCAGGGACGGGAUAUUCUGGAUAUCAAUUUUCCUGAAGGGCCAUUUGGUACCAAGGAAGCUCCUGCUGUGGUCAAAUCUUACUAUGACCAAAGAAUUGUCGGUUGCCCUGGGGGAGAAGGCGAGGACGAGCAUGAUGUUGUUUGGUUUUGGCUAAAGAAAGGGGAACCACAUGAAUGCCCAGUAUGCUCACAAUAUUUCGUGUUGGAAGUAGUGGGCCCAGGAGGACCUUCAGACGGACAUGGCGAUGACGAACAUCAUCACUGAUUUGCAUUUUUUCCAUCUUUAAUAUGCCGGAAUAAGAAUCUGGUGAGAUGACAUAAAGACUUCCAAAAUUCUGCAGCAUCAGGAUUUAACAGGUCCUGCAUUUUGUUUGUUUCAUAUUUACUGUUUGUUUUGGCUAAAUCAUUAUCAGAGGCAUGCAUCAUGCAUACAUUUCUUCUUUCUUUGUGAAUUAUGGGAUUGUGGGGCAUGCCGUUUAUUUGAAUUGUGGAUGCCAUUUCUCCAAUGCAUCAAAAUAAUUAUUGGCUCC